CUAUGGGGUCUAUGCCAAUCAAACACCGAGGUGCUGUCUUUCUUUCCUCUUUUCUGCAUUGAACUACUUAUUUUGGAUUUGUCAGUUGGGUUUUCUUAGUUCCCUUUUCUUCAUAUCGGGCCGGCCCAGUCCUGUCAGCUCUUUGGUAUCAUCUGCUUGGAAUCCUUGGAUUCCCGGGCCAAUUCUUUACCGUUUGUUUGUUUAAAGGUGACUGUUUCAUUAGAUGGUCCCUGUGUUAUUGUUGGGCUUUCUCCUUCUUGGCAUAUAAUAUGAACAAGCCCACCUUUCUCAUUGUCUGCUAGAUUUGCUCGGCUGCUUUAUCCUGGGUUGUCUACAUGUAGAAAGUGUUCAAACAAGGGUCUUUGUUUGUGUCACGUUGUCCCGGAAGGUGCCAUACAGCUCGUCCAGGGGAUUCUAGGCUGCUUUGCGGCACCAAAAGGCAGUCACGGAAAGUCGAUUACACACAUCCAAUUAAAGAACAGCUGCUGGGAAUCUAGCAAACGUGGAGAUGGACCCGGAAAAGAAGGAUGACCUGGGGCGGCAGCAGCAGCAGCAGCAGACAGAAGUAUACUCUCUGUCGGACACAUCCGAAAGCGACGACAAAGCCAUCGACGUAAAGACGGACCAGAUCAGCCACAGCCAGCAGCCGCCGGCCACGCUAAACGGACACCACGCCCACGGCUCCAGCCAAGGUCCCUCGGGCGGGCUCUCGGAGGAAUCGCUCGCGGCGCUCUCCCGGCACACCACGGAAGCGUCCCACGUCUCGUCGGACGGCCAGCACGCCGAUGUCGAGGGCGAUUUCCGAGGCGCGUCCAUGUCGCGGGCCAGGACGGGGACCAGCUUUGGCAGCACGGCGUCGCGCAUGCCGGAGCACGAGGUGACGUUUGACGAGGGCAGCAGCAGCAGCAGCAGCAGCGACGGCGACGAGGACAAGAGCAGCAGCAACAGCGACAACCCGCGCGACUGGCCGCUCUGGUACCGCGGGUGGGUGCUCUUCUGCAUCGCCUUCUCGACGUGGGUGGUGGUCCUGUACAGCACCAGCUACACGGCGUCGAUCCCGGGCUUGAUGCUCGAGUUUGACGUUGCGGAUCAGACCAUUGCCACCCUCGGCGUCACCAGCUACCUUGUCGGAUUGGCCGUCGGGAGUCUGGUGCUGGCCCCGUUGAGUGAGCUGUAUGGUCGACGACCGGUCUAUCUCGUCUGCAUGGCCUGCUUUACGGUGCUUGUCAUUCCGACGGGUUUGGCUACAUCGCUGGUGGAGAUAAUAGUUGUGAGGUUUUUUGGAGCCGUCUUUGGCGCCGCCAUGAUCUCCAACAGCCCCGGCACGGUGGUGGACAUAUCGACCGAACAGUACCGGGCGCUGUGCAUGUCGCUCUUCUCCAUCGCGCCCUUCAACGGGCCGGUGACGGGGCCCCUGAUCGGCGGCUUCAUAUACCAGGCCUACGGCUGGCGCUGGGACAAUUGGCUGGUGCUGAUCUUGGGCGCCGUGGCCUUUGGGCUCAUGUUCACCGUCCGCGAGACCUACGCGCCCGCCAUACUUCGGGCCAAGGCGAAGCGCAGGAGAAAGGAGACGGGCGACGAUAGGUGGUGGUCCAGGUACGACGAGGCGGCCGCUUCAAAGGUCCAGUUGUUUAGGGAGAACAUGGCCAGGCCGUUUGUGUUGGCUGUCACGGAGCCGAUUUUGUGGUUUUUUAAUCUAUGGAUCUCCUUGAUCUACGGAAUCCUCUACCUCUGCUUCGUCGCCUACCCCAUCGUCUUUUCCCAGCACCGCGGCUGGGGUCCCGGCACAUCAGGGCUCGCCUUUGUCGGCAUCGGUAUCGGCACGCUGCUCUCCAUCGCCGCGGAGCCACUCCUCCGACGACUCAUCAAUUCGCACCCCAAGGACCCCGCGACGGGCCGCGUGGCCCCCGAGGCGUCGGCCAGCGCCAUGGUGAUCGGCGCCGUGCUGGCGGCGACGGGCCAGCUCGUGUUCGCGUGGACGUCGCUGCCCGUUAGCAUCCACUGGGCGGUGCCCAUCGCGGCGGGCAUCCCCUUUGGCGCCGGCAACACGCUCGUCUUCAUCUACGGCAGCAGCUACCUGACGUCGGCCUACGGCAUCUACAGCGCGAGCGCCAUGGCCGGCAACGCCGUCGUCAGGUCGCUCUUUGGCGGCACCCUGCCCCUCGCCGGCGCGGCCAUGUACGCGGCGCUGUCGCCGCUCUGGGCCGGCACGCUGCUGGGGUUGCUCGAGGUGAUUUUCAUACCCAUCCCCGUCGCGUUUUACAAGUAUGGCGACAGGAUCAGGGCGCGCAGCCCGGUUAUUCGGCGCAUGAGGGAGGAGGAGGAGGAGAACGAGGCGAAGCGGGCGAGGAGAUUGGCCAGGGCGCUGAGGAGGCAGGAGAGGGGGGAUGCUGCUGCUGUGGAGAGGAGUGGUGUUGGUCGUGGUGCGGAUAUUGGUGGUGGUAAUGUUGUGGAAAAUGAUGCUACGGCUGGAGAUGCCGAAAAGGGGACUGCUCACAGGGGGCAAGUGGCCAUAUAAAAUGCAUGUGACGGAUGGCAGCACAUUAAACUACACUACACUGCAGUACAGUACAGAAACGGCAUGACUGUCGCUAUUAGAGCUACACGUUACAAAAUACAAAAUACACAAAAAUAUCAGGAUUUGUAUACCCG